UUUGCCGUUGAAAUCCUAUUUGUUGACCAGUCUAGUCUCACAGUCGAAGCCCUCAGCACAACGGCCGGUCAGAAUCUCAGUGAAACACUGACAAAUAACAGGCAUUUCACACCAAAAACCCGACUUGCUUUCACCAGGUCUUAAAAUGCCCCGAAGGCAUUACCCCCCGUCGCUAAAGAGAGCAUCCCUCUCCAGCAUUUCUGAGCACUUCGAUCUGAUCUGUUAUGGAGAUGACGACAAUGAUGUCAUCAGGGAUCUUGUUGAAAGUGACGACUAUCUCAAGGUUGAGGGACCUUUCAACAAUCUACCCGGUCAUGUUUUGGCGGAAAUGUUGGAAGUUGUCGGAGAGAAAAAGUACUUCACAAAAAGCAUCUUCAUAUGCUGCUUCAUUCGCAACUGGAGAAACUAAGUUUGGCGUUUGGGGUCGGGGAUGUGAUUAGUGGAUUUACCUUCAUCAAAAGCAGGUGUAAUAAUUUGAGGCAUCUCAAUUUAUCCUACCUCCGCCAUUUGAAUCCGGGAAUGUUAAUCGAUCUGCUACCUAAUCUAAAGAAAUUGGUCAGCCUCAAUUUGAGAAUGACUUUAGCUGUUGAUGAGGUUCUGGGAGUGAUUGGCAAAAACUGCACAGACUUGCUAGACCUGAACAUAUCUGGAACACCAGUUACAGACCGUGGACUCGUUCAACUGUCGGUUUCAGAGAGUGGCAAUCCCCAAUGUCAAAAACUGUCACGAAUUGUUAUAACAGAAACUUGGAUCUCAUCUGCGGGUGCGGCGGUGCUACUCAGAUUUCUACCCAAUCUUUGUGAAUUCGAUUAUGAUAACAUUUUUGAGGCUUUAGAUAUCGUCAAUCAUUGGACAAUAGAGCUUGAGCAACGUCUACUGUCCAGAGGAGGGGUUAGAAUGUCUUCAAGACCCAUUCCCAUCCCCAACAAAAUGCGAUUAAAAACACUUAUUUCCAUCACAGAUAUUAUAAGGACUGACUCUUUGCAAGCGGCAGUAAGGCAAUGUCCAGAUGCCACCUCUGUUUCCAUAACCAAUGCUUGGAUCAAGAACGAAGAUUUAUACAAGUUGAUGGUUUUGGACAAACUGACUACCCUAUCACUGACCAACUGCGAUGGUUUAACACUGGAUUUUGAUGUAGGAGUUCUUCCACUAUUGACUGUGUGUGGUCAUCAGCUUCACAGUUUAAUUCUGACAAAUUUCACAAAUAUCAAUAUACCUGACAUUGGGAAAGCAUGUCCUGUUAUUCACAACAUAGCAUUUUCGAGUGUAGCAACAUACGAGUUGGGACCCCUGUGUCCCGACUACUUCAAUAAGCUAGAGGCAAUGGAGCUAUGGGCUGAUACCGAUGCAGAUCUCCAUGCUAACUUGAUAAGGCAAAUGAUAGAGUUCAGUCCAAACAUGAAAAAUUUGCUACUGAAAGGUUGUGGGGUCCUCACAGACAAACUUCUGUUUGAGAUUCUUCAAGAGAAUAAGCUUGGAAAACUAUCACACCUGACCCUUGAUCAUUGCCAUAACGUGUCAUUUUCCGCUCUGGAGUACAUUGCAAAUAUGGACAAUGAUUUAUCAAUGUUGAGAAUUUGGAGUUGCGAGAGUAUAACAAAAAGCGUUAGCAGUCAAGUAACAAGCUUAAUCGAGAAUGGAAAUAUGGAUAUUUAUUUUGAUUUCUAUACGUAAGCAUUAAUGUGUGUACAUUAUUUGACAAAUUAAAUGUCAGACGAUUGACAAGGUGGACUGUUUGUACACAUCACGUGUACAUAAAUAUUUAAGACAAGGCAUUUCUAAUUAAUAUUUUUUUACUUACUAUUUAAAUUGUGCUGAAUUUUGUAAAUGAAACCCAAAUAAACUUAUUCUAUCUUU